GGGGAGGGAAAUGUCCUUGUGCAAUUAUCCUGAUUUUUUAGAAAAACCCACACAGUCAGAAGCUUCCAUUAGCCUUUCAGGAGAAAACACAGGCAGCUUUUUUUCUUUCACAACUGUUUCUGUCUUCGUUUAAUUUGCCUACCUGUAGCUUGAAGUUUUGGUGUCAAAGUGCGUCAGAGAAAGGAAGUAACACCAGAAGUUUUUAAAAGAAGUAUGUCACUCUCUCUGCACUUUGUUUGCCUGCUCCUGACUGCUCUUUGGGGCAGCAGUUGUUUCGCUAAGCCCGCCCCAUUCAACGUGACCUUGGAGGGCAGUGGAGAUGAACCCGAACUCAUCUUUCCCAUCGCUCGCACCACCCAUGUUCCUCCAUCCCCCUCGCCACCUCCCAACAUAACCGCCACUUUCAUCCGCAUCAAAGACUUCCUUUUCAACCAGGUGGUGGACUUCCUGAAGGAGAACUUGCUUCUCAUCAUUGUGGUGACCUCUCUGUUGGUCGUCAUCAUCUUCAUCGUCUGCUGCGCUUCAGCGAUGAGCCACAAACGCAAACUUGAGGCCUACUAUCCUCCAAAGAACUACGCACCCAGGAAAUACAUGAGCCAACCUAGUAAAGCUAUGGAGAAACCACAUAACCAGAUUCAGGAUGGCAAGACGACAUCUGCAAAGACCCUCCGAGAACCCACUAAAGCAUUGGUGGGUGAGAAGGAAGGAAAAGAUCCCCGGCCCAAGCCAAAAGAGGUCCAAAUAGUGGAGGAUGUUGAAGUGGUGGAGAUGCAGAAAGAUGAGCCCAAGAAGAAAGAGGAACCUCAGCCUACCACCUCAAAUGCCGCCUCCAGUCAGCCGCUGGUCUGUACGUGCCACCUCAGAAAGGCCCAUCACACCACAGCGUGAGAGCUUUUUCUGUAACGGGCAGGAGUGACCUUGAUUCCAAACUUUUUCUGCUGUUAAAUAUAAUCUUUUGGUAGAUAUGAUGCCCACACUCUCUUUCUUUGUGCUCUUGUUGCUCUGCAACCUGUGUAUGUUCCACCUGUAUGUACCAUCAGAGGGAAUGUGUGUUCAACUCAUUUUCUGUUUCUUAAAAAAUUAAUUAGCUAAAUAAGACCAAAAAAAGAACAGGAAGUUGACAGUUUAAUUAUUCAUAUGGAAAAUAAACAACACUUGAAAUUAUUUUGUGAAUCACUUUCUUCUUGAGAAAAUGUCUCUUGAAGCUUCUCUGACCACUUUCCUUUAUUAUAUUUUACAAAUGAAAUGUCUAUGUGCAUGGUAACCCAUAAUUUAUGCUGUAUUUUCCUGAAGCUGUUAUCAGGUGUUGCCUGAUGGUUGUUAUUUUAUCUAAACUUCAUGACUUUCCUCAGUAUUGGAUUUAAUUAGCUAAUAUUUUGUCAGGUAUGUUUAAUUAAUUUUGUCAUAAAGAAAA